AUGUCAUGCAUGAGCUCAUUCCAAGGCCAACUGCGUAAUUAUAUAAUAAUUAACCUCCUCCGCAUACAAAUUGGUGGCAAAAGGCAGAAUUAUGCAAUAUUUGAUAGAGAAAUGAAGGGGGUAACAUGCAACUGCGUAAUUUCGCCGUUGUUUUCCACCAAGUUGCCUGCGGAGGAGGCAAGUGCAUGGUUAUGCGUCAUCAUUGACAUAUUCGAUCUUUCAGGUGAACUUGGAAAAUUUGCAGAAGAUCAAGGGAGCUUAAUACACAACAUGGGUUCAAACAAAACAUUUUCAGAUCUAGUACUUGCUGUUGAAUUACAGGUAUUGCGCAAUUAUGUCAAUAUACUCUCAGUAUGAGCAAAUACGAUAAUUUUGUCUUUAAAUUGGCCCUUUUAUUACAAUCAAUUUUUUUAUUACACUAGAUUACAGUUGCUUAUGUGCACCAUGCAGUCUGCUCUCUGUCCCCGGCAUGCACUAUAAAAUUUUAAUUCUGUUUGUACAUGUUUUUUUAAAGAGAGGUAUUACAAAGUAUGGACAAAACGAAAUGGAUGAAUGCUUGACAAUCUGUCAAACUGUCUGUCAAUUGGCAGAGGAGCGUUUCUCAGAAAAUGUACCGUUCAUUUUGGGAAAAGCAUUUUACGUUAUGUCGGGUGUACAUAGACAGCGAAACGAGUUUGAGUUGGCUAAAAAAUAUUUGGAUUGGUCGACUGAGGUAAAACUAUUUUGCACUCCGCUGGGCACUGGGACUUAAUUGAAACAAUGCAUGUGCAACUAGAAUGUCCCCCAGUGUAUACAAACUGCCGGCUGUUUACAGAUUUGAUGCAAUGAUUUAAAAGUUGAGUAGGAAGAAAGGGAGGCUGGGAUACACAAUUGUUUGUUGUCGAUAUAUGGCAUCGAUAAACUCGAAUAUGACAGUAUAAAUCUUUUUAGAACUUUAUGCAAGUAUUUGAAUGCAGUGAAACAGGAAACAACAGAUAUAAUCUAGCAGCAUUAUAUGCCCAAAAAGCAGCUCAUUGUGGUCUUACAUCUGAGGAAUAUAAACUGGCAGUGGAGAGUUUUGAAGAAGCAAUUCGAAUGUACAGAACUCAUGAAGAAAACGGACCCAAGAAGAUUAGAAACAUUAUUCGAACUUCCAACAGACUAAUAUUGCUUCAUUUGAAAGGAUCUCGAAGCAAAUUUCCCGAAAUAAAGUACGUAAAUAUGAAACAAUAGUGAAACGUUUCGAUCACUGGAUCGUGACGGAAUAGCACCAUUGGCAUAUAUUGUUAUUCCAAGUGUUAAUGUGAUAUUAUGCAACGGGCCAUGAACAGUGCCGUAACUACUAUGGGUUCGGACCGGGCGAACCCGGGGCCCCCAACCCCAAUGGGCCAAAUGGGGGCCCCAGGCUCAGGCUGUAGAGCAAAAACGUUGGCCAGGUCCCCUGAUAUGUCACAAUGUCGUUUUCUGACCAUCAGAGUUCUGUAAAAUCUCUCCCCAAAGUCCGGGAAAUGGCAUUUCAGAGAGUCUAGAUUCAAACAUUUUCCGGGUGUGCAUGCUCUGGACCCCCUAGAAAACUCGUGCAUAUACGGCGCUCGACUCGUGCCUUUGGCACUUCUACUAGCAUUCGAAAAUUUGGAACCGCCCCCCCCCCCUGAUAUAACGUUACGCCACUGGCCAUGAAAGUUAUUAUUUGACAUUAUUUUAAUCAUUAUCAUAUUGUGUAAAGUAAUAUUUCUUCCGUUAUUUAUUUUCUCAGUUUAGAGGUUUCAGAAGAAGAUAUUGCUAAAGCUUCCAAAGUUAUAGAAGAAGUGGAUAAGUUAUUACCUCAAUGUCCAAAAAGACACGAAUGCACAUUUCUUAUCCCGAAGGCGGACUUCUUUACUCGAAAAGCCCUGAGUAGAGCAUUUUACAAUGAUGAAGAACAAGGACGAAAACAUUUACAAACAGGUGCAGUGAUCAGUGUUAAAUUCAUUAUAUUUUUAAUGUUCUAA